AAUAGAUAGCGCUUUUCCCCCAUGCAGGUACUGUUUACACAAUACAGUAACAUUUCCUAAACUGCCACGUAGACGUGUACACGCUGUAAACUGACGUCUGUGGUUUGGGCAGAGCAUGACAGUCAGGUUCUUUCUUUUUUGAAGUUUUUAAGUCUUCUUUUUUGACGAGUUGGCCCGAGGAGGACUUCUUUAACCUGUGUUUUCUUGAACGUGAACGACACAGGUGAAGUGAAUUUACCAGGCAGUGGUGAAUUUUGCACAAGGAAAAGUCGGUAAAAUAUUCGAAGCAGGAUGAGAAUAACAAACGUAAGGGCACGUACAUUAGUGAUUAAUCUGAUUGGAGUAGUCGUGGGAUACAGCCUGUGUCUCUUGCAAAGCGUGGACUACAAAAACGCCUCUGUCCCUCUACAUCAGGAGAAGAUCGAGGAAGUGCAACGUCACAUCUCUUCAGAUGAUCAUGUUCGGUCUAGACGUCCACAGGGGCUACAGAACUUAGGUGGACCACGGAAAAUACUUCUGGACUGUGGAGCUAACGUUGCUUCUACUGUACAGUUAUUUCGGGAGACUUACCCUGGUGGAACAGACUACAUUAUCCACUCGUUCGAGCUGGAUGCGAGGCUGGCGCCCUACUUUGCGUCCUACUCCAACCACGUCCUCCACUGUCCAGUUGCCGUGGCCGGGAAAGAUGGAAACAUCACUGCCUACACCGAGUCAGCAUGGUUUCCCGACAAAGGUUUGGUCCAUGGUAAUGACAGGCUGUGGGGAGGUGGGGGGAUCUUCGUCCAUGAUGAGGAGAGAGAUGAUGCAAAAGCUGGCAGACAAUUGGGCGUGCGUAACGUCAUACCUAUGGUGGAUCUGUCCAAGUGGAUACAGGAAAACACCACACCAGAAGACUACGUUAUUUUCAAGCUUGAUGUUGAGGGAGCUGAGUAUGAGAUCUUGGAAAAGAUGAUCAAAGAAGGCACCUUCAAGUGGAUAGACAAGUUUUAUGGUGAGUUCCACGGCUCGCUUCCUGUACCGAAUUGGCCGAUAGAAAGAAGACUAGAACUUAAGUCUACUCUGGCAAGCCUUGGCAUCAAACAGAUUGACUGGGCAGCGCAGAACAAAAGAUACCAUGACAUGGAACUCCUUCAGAAAUCCGACGUCCCGUUUGACGCCCCUGGAGUUGCUGGGGACGUCUACUCCAACUGUUCCCGCUCUCCUGGCGGUCCUGCCCGCCUGGCCCUGACGGUUCAGGUCGGGAUGAACAGGAAGGCAGCCCACAAGCUGGUGGAGACCAUCCGGGCGCACCGUAGCAACAUGCCGGUCACUCUCUUCGUCUACGGGGACUUCGUGCAGGAGCAUCCGGACCUGAUCACCAAGUGGGCCGACAGAUAUACGAUAGGAAUACGAGAGGGCGCACCGUUUCCGGCAGGUCACUGGGUCCUGCAGAACAUCAAAGUGAUGCGGAUGAGCAUGGUGUCGGCUGUACAGCGGAUGAGGGAAGUCGGGCUACAGCCGGCCUACUACUGUCCUGAUGGUCUGUCGGAGCGGGUGAGAGAAAUAGCGAAGGCAAGAGAGUUGAGGCUCAUUCAACCAACAACAAGCUUUCCUCCAACUGUUGGAACACUGCUGACCGAAGACAACUACUACCAGUACAUGGACGUGUUUAGGAACCCCAGGGCGAUCCGUAUCCUGCACGAGCGCAUCUCUAACGGAGGGAUCCUCAGUCUGGACAGUGACCAUCUCGACAGCUACAUGAUCUCCGCUUUUCUCAUGGACUAUCUGUAUGAAAACUCCGGCUUUGAACUUGUCAGCCUAGACACCUGUUUAAAAUCGUAGAGUCGGUCUGCAAGGAAUAAAUAGUACGUGUUCUGUAAAGGGGCAAGUUUAUAUAGUGUUGCCUUUAUACGGAUAAUGUUCUUUUCUAUUGUCGAUCGCUUUGUCAUUGUAUACAUAAUAUUGUACAAAUUGUAGCAGCCUUUAUGAGUAUAUAUAUACAUGAUUGUUAAAUGUAUGCAGGUAUCAGCAUAAGGAUUGAAUAUUUACAAAAUGCAUGUUCAAGGACAAUGAUGUACUGAUUUUUUGCUUGUCUGGCAUCAUUUUGAGACUUGAAAUCGAUUUUAGAGUAAACAAUUUAUGUAUUAUACGAACGUUCAACAUUAAGAGUGACAAUAUCUAAGACAUUUCACGAAAAAAAAGCAUGGAAUUUUAGGCAAAACACAUGUUUUCUACGCAUUUUACCAAUAGAAGAGUUGCCUGUAAAAGGCCUGUAAAUUGCCACAUUCUGAAAGGAUACCACAUCCAAACCUUCAGUCAGGGAAAGGCUGAACAAAAUAAACUCAACGGUCAGUCGAUAGAUCUAAUUUUCCUAUCAAAAUGAUGUAAGGCAUGUGGAUUAAUAGCACUUAACCUUGUUCAGUAUAACAUUGGGCGCUAGGGGGAGCCACUUGAGGGGCUGAAUUCUUGUACUUAGAAAAUAUUUGUUUUCAUAUAAUUAAAAAAAAUAAGUUUUUAAUAACUACAGAUCGUUAGUA